CGCAAUAUAAAAAUAUUAAAAAACAAUGUGAAAGUUCGAUUUUUAAAAUCUUUAAACCUAGCAAGUACACAUCCGUAUGAUCAAAACAUUAAAAAUACCAUUUCAAUAACUAGCAAGUCCCAAAACAAUUUUAAAAUCCUAGUAAGGGACAUGCCUUGCUAGGUUUUUAAAGUUGUCACGCGCCUUACUAUGUUUUUGAAACUGUCAACAGAGUGGGUGAAGUUCGCGCACAAAUUCAGUAUGGCGACAGAACGAGUUUCGACGUGACGUGCUAAGUUUCCCCCGUUUAUAAUUUUAUUUCAAUUGAAGAAAUCAUGCAAUUUUAUAGAUCAAAAAGAAUUUUAAAUGCUCUUAAUUCCCGUCAAGAUGCUGAUUUGUCACAUUCUUUCAUCAAUACUACAAAUCAACAGGAACCUAUCCCAAGCACUUCAAGAGAAGAGAAUAACGACGAUUUACCAUCAGAUUUAUAUAACUUGUAUGAUAGUGAUGAUUCCGUAAAGGACCCUGAUUUUUUAUAUGAUUCUUUAAGGAACGAAAAGCGCAGAUUUUCUUUUGGAGAUUAUGUAAACAACGAUUCUGAUAUUGAUUUAAGUGAAUUUGAAAGAGUUCCUGAGAUUACAAAUCAAACCAACUUUAUGCCAGCUCUACUUCCACCUAUAUAUAUUGCAACUUAUCCAAACACAGUUAUAUUUCUAGACCAAGACCAAGCCAACCGUUUUCAAGAACAUAAUGAACCGCCAACCUUUGAAAUAGAUCCUCGGCAUAAUAUUUCUGUUAAUAGUGCAGAAGUUUUAAUGUCCAAAAAUGAUAGGCAGGGAGCUGAAAAAAAGAAACUUAAAUAUCCACUAAUUGAAGAAACAUGUGGAAAUAAAUGUAACAGGCAGUGUUCACUAUUUACUUUAGAAGAAAGAAAAACCAUUUGGGAAAAUUACUGGAACAUAAAUUUUGAGAGCCGUAAAAGCUUUUUGAUCAAGUGUAUAAAAAUUCAAAACAUCAAAAGACGUAAAGUGACUGAAAAAAAUCCCAAUCCAAAGUAUGCUAAAAAUGAAUCCCGAUUUUAUUUUUUACCUAAACUUAAUGAAGGCGACGAAAAUAUGGAAGAAGUCAAUGUCUGCAAAAAUUUUUUUCUCAAAACUUUGGGUUACAAAACCGAUGCAGUUAUUACUGAGAUAAGUAGAGGUGUGAAACGAAAUGUAUUAUAUGGAGAAGUUGCAGAGAAGAGAGGAGGAAAAAAAAGUAGACUAGAUAGAGAUCCUAUUUCAAACCACAUUUUAUCUUUUAACCCUACUGUCUCUCAUUACAGAAGAAACAAUGCGCCACUUGCUCGUUAUCUACCCCGAACAUUAACUCUGAACAUCAUGUUUAAGGACUUUAAAAGUAAAUUUCCAAACAUAUCAUGCUCUAAAGAAGUUUACCGACAAACUUUGAAACGGAUGCACAUUUCAUUUAAAUUUCCGAAAGGAGACAAAUGUGCUGAUUGUGCGUUAUUUGAGCAGCAAGUCGCAGAAUGCGAAAACGAAUCGGUACCGGAAACAUUAAAAGCUGAUUACGAAUGCCACAAAAUUAAAGCAGAUAAAGCUAUUCGAAAAUAUCAAGAAGACUGUUCUCAGGAAAACACUAUUCGAGUUAGAUAUUACUCGAUGGAUCUCCAAAAAGUAAUGUUAUUACCGGAUAUGCCUAAAGUCAAGGAUUCAUUUUUUUUAAGUCGUCUCAUUGUUUUUAAUUUAACAUUCGCCCCUCUGCAAAAAGGGUUAAAUACUAACUGCAAUUGUGUGCUCUGGCACGAAGCUUGGGCAGGCAGAGAUGGCAAUAAUAUAGUUGACGCUUUUGCAGCACUACUCGAAAAGCAAAGAGAUGUACAACAUUUAGUCAUUUGGUGUGACAAUUGUACUAGUCAAAACAAGAACUGGAUCUUAUUUACAUCACUUGUAAUUCUUGUGAACGCUGGAUUUUCUUCAAUUGAAACAAUAAAUCUGAAGUACUUGACUAAAGGGCAUACCCACAUGACUGCAGACAGUGUUCAUGGGAAUAUAGAAACUCAAAUCAAGCGUCGGGAGGCCAUUUACGACUAUGAAGAUUAUAAAGAUGCAGUGCAGAAUUCUAGAAAUAAUCUUGAUAUCGUGGAGGUCCAGAAAAAAUACCAGUGGGUUAAAAAAAGAAGAAGCCCGAGGCGAAACUCCGACGACGUACUUAAUACUCUUACUUUGAAUUCUUUGGUAGAUGUUAAAUUUGUGAAUGGAAGUAGAAAUAUGUUCUACAAAUUAGAUUUUGACGAUCAAUACAAAGAAGUCGAUUUUCUUGUAAAAAAAUUUGAUGUAAAGCGACUGCCAGAAACUAUUGAUGGUCCAAGAGGAAUCAAACAGAGUAAGAGAGAUGGCAUCUUAACAAAACUGGUACCGCUUAUGCCUACAAAUCGAAAACAAUUUUGGUUAAAUUUACCGGUUUCUGAUACUUCAGAAGACUUAGUUUCGGGGGGGCAAAUGAUAGAACAAUAA